AUGGACCAGAUAACACCAACUCCAGACGACUAUUGGCCUGAGGACUAUAGUAACUAUACGGAUGUGAACAUAGACCACAGUGCUGCUCCCUGCAGUCAGGCUGGUGCGUUUGGCUUUGCCCAGAAGUUCUCCCCGAUCAUUUACAGCCUGGUGUUUGUCUUGGCACUGUUUGGGAACAUACUGGUGCUCUGUGUCAUCCGCCGCUACAGAAGCUCUCAGAGUGGAGGGGCCUGUGCCUUCUCCCUUACCGACACGUUCCUGCUUCACCUGGCCAUUUCUGACCUCCUGUUGGCCUUCACUUUACCCUUAUUUGCGAUGCAGUGGGCUCAUGAGUGGGUGUUUGGACUGGCUGUUUGUAAGAUCUCUGGAGCCUUGUUCUCACUCAAUCGUUACAGUGGUAUCUUGUUUCUCGCCUGCAUUAGUUUUGACAGAUACCUGGCAAUUGUUCAUGCCAUCAGCUCAGGCUGGAAACGCAACACAUGCCAUGCUCAAAUCGCCUGUGCUUUUAUUUGGGUAAUUUGCCUGGGCCUUAGUGCUGUGGACAUCAUUUAUAAACAGGUUGUGCCAUUGGAUAGCGGAGCAAACAAAAUUUUCGUUUGUCAAGUGUGGUUCACAGAGAAGUCGACACAAUGGCAGAUUGGUAUGCAGCUGGUCAGUGUGAUCUUAGGCUUUGGAGUCCCUCUGUCAAUAAUGCUCUACUGCUACAUCUGGAUCUUCAAGUCUCUGUGCAAUGCCACGCGCAGACAGAAACGCAAGUCUCUGCGCCUAAUUGUGUCCUUGGUGUCUGUUUUUGUCAUCUGCUGGGCUCCGUACAGCUGCUUCCAGCUGACUGACAGCCUCCUGAGGCUGAAGCUGCUCACUCCAAGCUGUAGCCUGCAACAUAUACUGGAUGUUGGGACUCUGGUCACAGAGAGUGUGGGACUAUCACACUGUGCUCUUAACCCUCUGCUCUAUGGCUUUGUAGGUGUGAAGUUCAGAAGGGAGCUGGUCCGCAUGUGCAAAGGUUUACUCAUUGAGCAAGGCUGGUUUGGGAUGGAAAAAUCAUGGAGACCCAGACAACAGCGAAGAACCACAGGAUCCUUCAGCUCUGCAGAUAUGUAUGGAAUAAACCCAACGCGUGAAGAUGGACCUGGAUGUGGAACUUGGGGGCAUAUUUCUCAGCAAUGGCAGCUAUGA